AUGAACGAGAAUGACACCAUUGUUAUCACACAGAAUCCACUAUGUCUGCCCCCCCUCGUCUUCAUCACCGGUGCUACUGGUUUUAUUGGCAGUGCUACUGCACUUGGAGCUCUCAAGGCAGGAUAUCGACUUCGAAUCGGCAUCCGCAAGAGAUCAGAGAAGCUUGAAAAUAUAUUGUCAAGCCAUCGCGACCAGCUGGAAUUCGUCACCAUCCCCGAUCUGACCGACGAAGCUGCCUUUAGAGGCAAGCUUGAUGGAGUGGACUUUGUUCUGCAUCUAGCAUCACCUCUUGCUCGUGGUACAGACCAGGAUGCCAUAUUCACUCCUGCAGUUAAGGGGACCUUGUCCUUGCUCAAGGAGGCAGUUAGGGUGCCAAGCAUUAAGAAGGUUGUGAUCACUUCGUCUAUAGCUGCCUUGAUUCCUAUUACCGGAGUGCCCGAAGGUGGUGUCAUCAAAGAGGAUACUAACUGGAAUCUAUAUGUCGACCCAACGGCCAAUUUCGUCGAUCCUAGCAAUCCUGCUGCAACGCCGAUGACUUUGUACCGAGCAUCCAAAUUGCUUGCGAACAACGCCACCUGGGAGUUCCGGGAGACGGAAAAGCCACACUACUCAUUGGUUACUAUUCAUCCGGCCUUUGUUUUCGGUGCCAACCUCGUGCAAAACCCCGCCGAGGAUGUUCAAGCAGGAUCCAACGGUAUUCUCUGGGGUAGUGUGAUGGGAGGUGUUCCGCUUGGCGGCAUCACAGGAGUGCACAUCCAAGAUGUUGCUGAAGCUCACGUCAAGGCGUUAGACUCGAAGAUAAAGGACGGCUCAAAGUAUCUGCUUUCCGGGCCACAAACCACUUGGAAAGAUGUGGCUCGUGUCGCACUGAAGGCCUACCCCAAUAUCGGCGCGAAGAUCACGGAGGAGGUUGAAGGUGUUUCCUCCAUGCCCACCGACACCACCAAGGCCGAAGUUGAACUUGGAAUCCAAUGGCGAUCUUGGGAGGACAUGGUGCGAAGCGUUAUGGAUCAGCAGCUGAGCUUUUUGCAAGGCUGA